AUGCUACCUGAUGAUGCCAGCUACUUGUUAAGGCUCCUUUCUGGUGUCACUGAUAGCGAGGUAGAAAAAGAAAUUGCACGAGCUUUGGACUACCAGCCACUGGCCUUGGCCAGCGCCGCCAUAUAUGUAAAACAAGUUCGAGAAAGUAAAAUAGCUUCAAAAUUCGGCUGGACCGACUUUCUGAAGAAACUUGAAAAAGGCCAGCGAGGUACAAUUGAGGACAUUCUUGCCGAAACAAACCCAAGUUACCCCAAAACAAUGACCACAGUGACAACACUCGCCUUGGAAAAGGUAAUGAAAUCCGACAGAGUUCUAGAUCACUUGUUCAUUUUUCUCUCUCUUUGUGCACCACACCCAAUCCUAAAAGAUAUUGUGGUCGACUACAUCAUGGAAAUGGAAAAUGAAUUGGAAGAUAAAGAUGCGAUUGGGCUGAAGAUAAGUCGAUGCCCAUUGUUGUUGUUUGACGAAGAGGAGAGUGGUGUUUACAUUCGAGUGCAUGGAAUCGUCCAUUAUGUUGUUAAUUCAGUAACAAAGAGAUCUGCAAAGGAUAAGCAAAUUAAAUGCAUACUAAGAGCUGCUUCAUCCUUCUCCAAAUUCAAGGACCAAGAUUCUUUAGUCGUUGGCACAAAAAUUGUUCCUCAUUUGGUAAAAGUGAUUAAAGACUUUGAAGAUUUUUCUUUUGAAGAAAGAAUAUCUCAAAUGGCUCAAAUCGAUAACCUGACUUCCCAGGACUAUUCUAACGUCUUUACAGCUCUCGGAAAUAUGUGCAGCAAGCACUCCCAAUAUCCAGCGGCAAGAAGCUACUUUUCAGCAGUCCUAGAAAUCGCCGAGUUAAGAAACCCAAGUGAUGAAUUACAGAAAGCAAAUAUUUAUAAUAACCUAGGCGUUGUCCACCGGAAGCUGGGUCUUGUCUACUGGCACCUGGGUGACCUAAAGCAGGCAAAAGGCUGUCUCGAGCGAGCGCUUGAUGUUUGGCUCAAAAAGCUAGGACCUGACCAUGUUGAUGUCGCAGCGUGUCAUGAUAACCUGGGUGGUGUCUACCAGCAGCUGGGUGACCUAAAGGGGGCAAAAGAUUGUCACGACCGAGCGCUGGAUAUUCGGAUGAAAAAGCUCGGACCUGAGCAUGUUGAUGUCGCAAUGUCUUACUGUAACCUGGGUCUUUUGCACUGGCAGCUGGGGGACCUAAAUCAGGCGAAAGACUGUCACAAGCGAGCGCUAGAUGUAAGCCUGAAAAAGCUUGGGCCCGAACAUAAUGAUGUCGCAAUGUCUUACCAUAACCUGGGACUUGUCCACUGGCAGCUGGCUGACCUAAAGCAAGCAAAAGACUACUACGAGAAAGCGCUGGAUAUUUGGCUAAAAAAUCCCGGACCCGAGCAUGUUUAUAUCGCAAAUUGUUAUCAUAACCUGGGUCUGGUCCACUGCCAGCUGGGUGACCUAAAGCAGACCAAAGACUGUCUCGAGCGAGCGCUGGAUGUUCGGGUGAAAAAGCUCGCAGCUGACCAUGUUGAUGUCGCAACGUCUUACAAUUACCUGGGUCUUUUGUACUGGCAGCUGGGUGACAUAAAGCAGGCAAAAGACUGUAACGAGCGAGCGCAUAAUUGUCUAAAAAUGUCCAGUUCGGAACAUGUCACGGUAGCAGAUACUUACAUAAACGUGGGUGUGUUGCACAAUUAUCAGGGUCAGAUACAGGAAGCAAAGGAGUGUUUCGAUCGCGCAUUGGCGAUAUGUAUCAACACCUUUGGCCCUGAAGAUGAAAAA